AUGGCACAUAAGGAACGAGAUGGCGAAGUUCAAGACGAGGAACGAAUUAGUGAGCGUCGUCAUCGCUCCAAAAGCGAGAAGGAGAGGGACCCAAACCGAAAACACAAAUCUCGAAGCUCAAGGCCCAAGGUGAUUGACCCGGAAACUGGAGAGCUCGUGAAAGCCCCGCACCGCAGUCGCAGAGAGAAGGAUUCCGAAAAGAAGUCAGAACCAUCAUCGUCCAUGGCAGAUCUGGUACCAGAACUUGCGAGGACCGCAUCUGCGCCAGGUUCCAACUCAAGAAGCAGUUUGGCAUAUCCAAGCUUCAACAAAGCUCAUAGCAGAGAGGCCGUUAAUAGCAGAGAAGAUGUUAAAGUGAAACCAGCAGCCCCAUACACACCAGAAGCGACUGAGACUGAUCUUGGUGUCGAUGAGAAACCAACAUCGAAAUCUGCCGAACAAUCUGCAACACGAACUCAAACCAAAGAUACUAGACCACCGAGUCCUCCAGAUACGGAAUUCUCGAAACAACAAGCUCCCCAGCCGCAGAGAAGGACUUCAACAUCAUCCCGAAUGACGAAGGUUCCGGGGGCGCAAGAACAUGAACCCAGACCGAGUUCUCGAAGUUCUUGGUAUAACAGGACUACCAAGAAGGAGGAAAGACCCAGGGAGGAAAGAAUAAGGGAAGACCCAAGGGAGGAUCGGUAUACCGACGACAGAUCAAAAGUUUCGAGGGCUUCAGAAGCCACUUCACAAGCUAGUACUAUCAAAUCUCCUCGUGUCAUUCCCGAGGGUCGCAACCCCUUCGGCGACUCCAAUGUUGCCACAAAUACGACCUUUGUUUCUGGAAGCGAAUCUGGUGGAGAAGAUUCUACAAUCACAGAUGCCACUUCUGUUGCACCCAAAAGGGAACCACAGCAAGUUUCGGGCCAGCGACCACCAGGCCUAGAUACAGAUUCAUCACCUGGAUCGGCUAAAGACUCCUCUCCACAAACACCAACACAGACUCUUCAGUUCCCUCCACCUGAUUUGAAAUCAACGCCAUCUCCAUUCAUUCAUUUCGAUGCGCCCGACUCAUCUCGUGGCGAAUACUCUCCACAACCUCUACCACCACCUCCUCCCCCCAACGUCCCACUCAGCAUCCCUUAUGUCGAUUAUUUACUCCAGCAUGGCGGUCUACCAAGACCCGUACCCAAGACUCUGGUCACAACUCCCACAACAGCAAAUCCCCGGUACAGCCUAUCUAAUCCAAUGCCUUCUGAGAUUGAACGGAUAUUUGGGCCAUUUUACCAAACUUUGGAUCAAUAUGAGACUGUGAUUUCUAAGAAUGGUUCUAUAGCUGUUGCUACUGGGUAUAAGUCAGUUGCUAGGAGGCUGUUGGAUAGACUUGAGAUCGUUUUCAACAGAGAUCUUUCCUCUCAAGGAUGUUUUUGUGUCAUGUGUGAGAGUUCAGACGACCAUGAUGAUUCUAGGGGACUAGGUUGGGGUGAGGUUCUAGAAUGGGUUAGCGGCCGUCGGGAGCUUCCGAAUUGGCCUGCUUUCGAUUUUGCAUCGCUCGGUGUCAAAGCGGGUGAAGAUUUGGCUAGCCUAGCAGUCCGCAACCCAGAUAGACCUGGAUCACCAAUCAAGAUAGAUCCGGAUGUUGCAGAUGAAUAUCGGGAGCAUUACCUUGCUCAAUCAAAAAAGACAAAGUUGGCUGUCAACAAGUGGCUAUCAAGCUGCCCUGAGACUGCAGCUGCACCCCCACAGGAAGUCGACGAUGAGACUCUAUCCUUUGCCAUUUUAACUCAUCUUGACCAGCACCAUCGCCCAACAUUCAACGCCUUGGUUACCGGCUCAUGUGUCUUACAGCCUCUUACUCGCGCACCAACGCCAAUGAGAAGACCUCGUUCGGAUUUCAUGAUCAAGACGGGUCAAGCGCUGCAAAAGCUUUAUCGACUGCCUAUUACCCCGCGCGAUCCCGAGGCAGCGAUUUUUCUUUUGAGAAACCCAGAUCUUCAUAACCUUCUCGCAACAAUGUCCAGCAUCAAUCCCUCGGAAUGGGAAAUUUUGACUUCUGGUCGAUUUGAUGGGUUUUUAUGGUCAGGAUCAGACUCGGCAAACCCUUCGCCAGCACCUUCCCGUGGUCCGACUCCUUUGAAUGGUGGGCGAUCUUCAAGGACCAACACCCCAUUCUCCCCCUUGCGCAAUCAAACGUUUUCUCCUCCAAUGGCAUCUAGUGGUUACCCAUCUCGAGGACCUACACCCUCGCAAACCAGGAAUCCUGUCUCGAAUGAUGAGGAAACUGAGAUCGCGGUACUCGGAGAAAUAGAGCGGGAAAUCUAUCAAGGCAUGGAAGCACUAGAGGACGCAUUUGAGGGCUUACAUCGAAAAGCGGAAUUUGUUCGGCGAGCAUUGAGAGAACGUGGAGCGGGUAUAGCUAUGUCUUUGCAAUCCAGACGUUUGUCCCAAAUUGAUCCUAUGAGGUUUGGAACCCCGGGUCUUGGCAUGGGAUAUGAAAGGCCAGGGUGGCAAGAAGGUGGAAGUGAAAUCAUGAGUGAGAGUGAUUGGGAUCCUGGAGACGAUAGGAGCGAGAUUGCGCCUGAUGAUUCUGCAAGCAACAUCAGCAGCUCGAGACAUAGACGCCCGAAACGAAGAACUGAGAGGAGAACUCCUGCGCCAGUCGAGGAGGAGGAUGAAAACUGA